CACCCACCGCUCCGCCUGUAGGCGCACAUGGCAAAUUUCGCCGUCUACCUUUCGCCUUUAUCGCUACAUUUCGGUCUGAGUUGUGAAUAAUUUGUGAUCGAAGGAAGUUGCACGGCGUAGGUAGCGAAUCUAAUAAUUUGCGCGAUGAGUGACCGUGUGCGAGUGGCGUCAUGCUUCCCUCGCCACUGACAGCGACGAUGUUGACGGCGAGCUUCGAAGAUUUCGGAGCCGAUGUGUUGACGAGAGUUCGUGGAGCAUGUGCAGACAAGGUUGGAGUUGAACUUGAGUCUGGCGCGGUGGCGCUUUGAACUGUCGCGCGGCGAAAAUGAGCACUCUCACUGUCGCUCGUGAAUUUCGUGUUCUUGAGGUGGUCGGCCGCGGGCAUGACAAUCGUAAGACGCUAAAAUCUGGACGACUGCGUUCCAGAAAUACCCCAUCGAGGGCGCUGCUCUUUGGGCGUCAAAGCGUGGGUUGUUGUGAAUCGGGCCGCGUUUGGAGUCGCAGCUCGUCGGGUGCCAGUCAUCACUGGUCGAAAGUAGGUUCUUCUCCGACACAUUGGAAUUCGGGGCCUGUCCGUUCCGUGGAACGAGAGAAUUGUUGCUCGAGCAGCGUUUCUUUCCCAAGAACAUGCGAGCAAACUCACAUGUAUGGAGAUUGUGGUCCAAGGAUGAGCCGGAUGAAUGUGCGCAAUUGUGCAGCAGAACUUCUUGUUGUGAGAUCGUGUGCUGCAGUCGCAGGGGCCGGGGAAGGUGAAGGGGACUUUCUCGGACCUGAACAAGUUGAGGAUUCCGAGUCUGAAGGGAACAUAUAUCGUCCUUUCUUCAAUUUUGCAGUCCGCGAAGUUGGAAGUCGUCCCGAUGUGUCCGCUUUGCUUUUAAAGGAGGAAUUUCGGAACAUGGUUGCCAAAGAUGGUACAACAACUGUUUUAAACAAAGCGUUUGCGUCUUCAAAGAUGCGAUUUUUCAGGAGCACUUACAUAAAUGCUGGCCCUUCAAUGCAGGUGCUAAAUGUAGCAGGCUUGCCAAGACCAGAGUAUGACGUGCCAAUAUUUUGUGCCGAUUUCUUCUCCACAGCGAGCAGAAACAUCAUCGUUUUAGACCUCAACCCGCUAUUCAGCACGAGUAUUGACAUAUCUUACAAGCAACGAUACUACGAUGAGCUGAUGCCUCUCGUCAACAAACACGCAGAGGUGCUUCCCUGGGGCGAUAGACUGACCACGGAGUCGUUACAGUUCUUUUCUCCACUUGUUCUCUGGACAAAAGCUCAAGGCCAAGACCUUAGCAAAACCUUGUAUCCAGCUUUCAAGGAUUAUCUUCUGGCCUGGCUGCUCAUACUGGAUAAAGCCCAACCAACCGUUGAUCCUCUGGAAAUUGCAAGAAACCAGGAAGCUCAACAUCGUUACCUUACCUGGCGCGCUACCAAGGAUCCAGGAAGGCCGCUCCUGACAAGGCUUUAUGGGGAAGAGUUAUCAGAGAGAUACAUCGAAGAUUAUCUAUUUCACGGGCUGAAAACUCUCGGGACGAAAAGCUUUUUAGAUUACUUCCCGGAGUAUAGAACGGAAGAUGAUACAGUCAGCAAGCAGCGAAGUAUGGUAGGAAAGUCAUUUUCCACGAGGCCUUGGGAUGAACAUGGGAACUUCCGUGUCAACUGAGACACCCUUGGAAGGGAAUUGUAAAAUAUUUUUGCCCUUUUUGUUUCCGAACGUAAAUGUAUGUGAAGUUAAAGCAGUGUUUGCUGCGAC